CGGGGAGAUCCAUCAUGGCGGCGCCCGGUCACUGAGGAAAACUAUUGUUUUGACUUUUGUUUUGACUUUUUUCUAACACAAACUCCAACCCCAUACGUGGAUCACUAACCGGAAUGGUUUCCCCACAUACUGGAGCAGUUAGCAGACCUAGAGGAAUAUAUCGAUCACUCCUACAACAGCUGAAUAUGGACAACAACCCGCAGGAAUCACCGACCCAAACACACGGAGAAAAACCUUCAUCCACACACACAGAUGAUCUGGAAUCAUGACAGAAGUCGAGGUCUGAGCUGGGGCCUCGUAUGCCGGGCUGCUGGGGCUCCUCAUUACACUCGGGUGCACAGUUCACGGGGCUACUGCCUGCAGAGUCGUCCACCUAAAAAGCUUUGGGGCCCUCCAGCAGGUAUAUAAAGGCCAGCCCUCGGGGAGACGAGACGACAGAGAGACUGCAAAAAGAUCGAGAACUUUCUCCUUGUUUUGCUCGUCUUCCUUUGCUCAGGAGAUUCAAACCCCAGCAGAAAUGAUCAUGGCAGCAGCGAUGGCUUCCGAAGGCAAAAAGCCGGCUCCCCCCAAGUUCAAGCAGAAGGAGACCCGGCAGUUCAAGAGCAAAGCUCCCAAACCCGGACAGAAGGGAUCCGACGACGUGCCCGGGAUGGACGGAGACGGAGAUGCGAUCGUCAUCUGCCCCUGGGAGGCGUUUGGCGACAUGGAGCUGAGUGAUUUGGCGCAGUUCGGCAUCGUCUAGAUCUUACGCCAAAAGAAAGCACUGGUUCUGGCAAGUGGGAGCAGUGGCGGCCUUGUGGACCAGUGUGGCCCAGUUUCUGUGGACAGUUUGGUCCAACUCCUAUGGUCUUUUUCUCUUUCUAUAUGGACUCAUAAUAGAUUUCUAGGAUGAUCAACAGUGUCAAAUGCCUUUGAAAGAUCAAUAAAAAGAGCUGCACAAUGUUUCUUAUUAUCCAGAGCUAAAACAAUAUCAUUUAAAAUGAGAGUGGUGGCAGUGAUAGUGCUGUGCUUUUCUCUAAAACCAGAUUGGUGGGUAUUUAAAAUAGAAUGAGCUGAAAGGAAUGAUUUAAGUUGGGCAUUCACUAGUGAUUCUAGUAUUUUUGCCAGACAUGACAGUUUAGAGAUGGGCCUAUAAUUAUUUAAUAAAGUUUUAUCACCAUUUUUAUGCAAUGGGGUCACGAAAGCAGUUUUCCAAGCCCUAGGAACUGUACCUGAUAAAAUAGAACGGUUAAAAAUAUAAGUUAUAUAAUAUGCUAUAAUUGGGCUGGCCAGGUUUAAAAAGUAAGGGUCAAGUUUAUCCUCACCUACUGAAUGUUUUGAAUUCAAUGCACACAAGGUACUCACAGCGUUUAGUGCAGCAACGGCGUGCUGCCACUCACUCGCUUUAAUUAUUUUAUACUAUUUAUAUACUCUUUCUACUUUUACUGUGACCACCAAAUAAUGUCGUUUUCCUGUCCUCCACCUCAUCCACAACAUCUAGAUCUCAGAUCUCAGUCAAAUUUAGUGGCACGGUGGCUGGUCACCCUCUCAUUCAUACUGACGCCAAACAGGCUGCAGGAAGCUGCUGCGCAUGCUCAGCAGGCUCAUCCAUAUGCAAAUACUACUUUGCAUUACGCUUUUAAGGUAAAAAGUGGGCGUGUAGAGGGCAGGAUAUGAGGCGUAUUCAGCUGCGCAGCCUUCCAGCUGGACUGUGAUUUACAAAGCGAACAUUGCGUGCAAGUGUGCGUGCACAUGGUUUUAUUGAUCCAGAUUUUUGCGCCCGGCAUUUUCGGCUUUUUGGUGUACGCGCAUGUGGCCGGGUGGAGAGGUUGACGGGACACGCACCUGUGUCCCAUCCACCUGAGUGGCUGCCACGCCUCCAACCGGCCUGCCUUUAUAACGCAGAGCUGGAGAGCAGAAAAGGGGUCGGAGGGGCUGCUGCUGAGGAGCUGUGUGUGUUUCUGCACGUUUUGGGUGAGAAAUAAAAGGGUCUGAACGAAACUCCGUGUCCUCUCCGUCCUUCGGUCGGGCCCCCGUGGCACGCACUUUGCCACAGCGCACUUUUAGUAUGACUCCUACGCAGUCCAUUUUAAAUGAGGCCCCAGCUAUCUCAUCAAUAGCUGAGUAGGGGGCAGAGGGAGGUCUGUACACAGCAACCACAAUGAUUGCAUUGUUAUGUGCAAUAGUCACUUUCAAAACAAGAAAUUCAAAACAUUUUUCAAUUGUGACAGCAUUCAGAACAGUGCAGGUAAGAGAAACUCUUGUAUAAAUAGCCACACCACCUCCCCUAGAGUUUCUAUCACAUCUAAAAACAUUAAAAUCGUACAAGGCAAUCUCAGAGUCAUUCACAGAACAGUUUAACCAAGUUUCAGAUAGAACAAUAAUAUCAGGGUUUGUUUGUGUUGCCAGGAGGAGUAUUUAUACAAUCAACUACAAUCAGAUCAGAUUAUAUUGAUGAGUGGUUCUGAAUUGAUGCAUUUGGCCUACUUGUGCUCAAAUACCUCAAAUACCUAAAACAUUAGGCUACAUCUGUCAGGGUUUGACACUUCCCCCCCAGUUUUUGAGUUUCAGUUCUGUCCCUCCUGUUUCCCAUUUGCCCUGAUUGUGUCUGCACCUGUGUCUCGUCGUGUCUCGUUAUCCCCUGUGUAUAUCUUGUCUUGUCAUUCCUUUGUUCCCUGUCGGUCCGUACUGUUUCUUCCUACAUGUCUCCUCGUAGUUUUUCCUGAUCCUGGUUUUUGUUGAUCCUGCUCUGCAGCGCUUUUAGUUCUUGUUUUUUGUAAAUAAACCCUUUUUGUUGAGAACUCCUGCCUCCGGCCUCCUACUCUCUCUCCUGCGUUUGGGUCCUCAUCUAACCAAUCACAACAACAUCUGGUUUGUGUACUAACAUUUUGAUCCAUGACACUCGUGCAAAUUUUUAUGUAAAACAUUCAUUCUUGAACAGGAGAACAGGAGACAACUGCAUCAGAAUCAAAUCAA